AUGUUAAGAUUAUCCCAUAUGCACAUUAUUGUCUCCUGCUAUUACCCAUUAGCAUAGUAGAAAAAUGAAUUUUAAGUUAUUGUGAUUAAGUAUCUAUUGCUUAUUUAGCAAUCAGGAAAUGUUCCAAUAGGAGUAAGAGGAAAUUUAAUAGGAAGUUCUGUUGUGACUAUUGUUUCUUAUGGAGUCUAAGUUUAUGUUAUAGGUUCUGCAGUUGUGAUAAUAAAUGAAGUAGCAAAUAUUUUGGUUGUAGCAAUUUAUGUGAUAGAUUCGACGAAUGUAUUAUCCAAAGUAGUAGGUGCAGGAGUAUUUGCUUAAGUAAUUUAAGGUUCAAUUGCAGCUGUUGUGAAUUUUAUAGGUCUAUUUGUAGUGUAAGUUGUUGCUGUCGUUGUGGUUGUAGUAGUCACUUGA